AUGAUGUUCAAGACACUUAGUAUCCUCUUAAUAAUAUAUCUAAUUGAUUGUGUUGUUGCCCAGUCAAAAUCAGAGACAGUUCUAUUUAUUUCCAUACCAUUUAUUGGUCAUCUAAAUCCAUUAUUAAAUCAAGCGAUUGAAUUAUACCAACGUCGUGAUAUUGACUAUAAUAUAUAUAUAAUUAGUUGCUCAAAUGUCAAAACAUAUGUUGAAACAAGGUGUUGGAAUACAACAAUCAAAUUUGUAGACAUUGGCCAAUGUCAAAAUGAUACAGAAAUCGCAUCAAACUUUAAAAAUAUUGCUGCACAAACCACUAUUGUUGAUCGUUUAAUAUAUGCUGGUACUGAUAUUGCUCAUUAUUUCAUUAUUCCAUGUUUAAUUAAUGCUGCUAAUUUAUUACCAUAUCUUGGGUGGUAUGAUAUUCUGUUAGCAGAUUAUAAUCCAACCAUUCUUCUAGAUUCAUCUCAAACUAUUUAUUCGAUAGGAACAAAUUUACUAUUACGUACAAUAUCACCGAUUAUUCGUUAUUUAUCAGUUGUUUAUAUUUAUUUUCGAUAUGAUCGACCACUCGAUUAUUUGAGACAAAAAAAAUUUCAUUUCAAUAAUUCAUUUCAUUUAUGGUCACAUUAUCAUUCUUAUAUGGUUUUAGUUAAGAAUGCAUUUGGAGUUGAAUAUGCACAAUAUGUACCACCAAAUGUUCUGAUUGUUAUAUAA